AUGUGCGUCCACCGCGCGCGGCGUAGUGCAGCGGCGUCAUGGAACAACACGCAUUGGGGCUGGAAAAAGGCGAAGGCCCUCGGCCACGCGCGCUGGGCGACGACGGGCGCACUCGCUCUGGUAAGCUGUGCGCCGGCGCGGCUCCUCCUGAAGCGGUGGUGGGCCGGCGCGAAUCACCGAAGCGAUCAGCGGGAAUUCAUCCGAGUAUUGGGGAGGGAAGAACGUGUCUCCGUGAUCGCCGAGGAGAGCUCGCCGGGCGGCGCGUAUAAUGCGUCGACCUACGUCCUGCACCGCUGCGGCGGCUGCCGCUGGAUGCCUCCCCUCGAACGCCUCCUCAACGCGUCGCGCGUGGCGAACGGCGUCGACGACGCGUCGGCGGCGGAAGCGCUGGUCGCGGUCUGGGAGACGCGGGUGCUCUUCACUGGCAAGCUCUAA